AUGGGUAGAAGAUUCAACAAGAAGAACGCCCAGACGUUCUCCAUUGUUCACAGAGCUCACGACGAUGCUCUCUUCUACGAUAACGAAGCAUCUGGUCAUGUAUUGGUGCCGCUUAAAGGUGGAAACCAGAAGAAGUCAUCGGCUGCAGAUGCAGUGAUCACUCUGUCCAAGAAAAAGGUUUUCAGUACUUCAGAACUUGAGAAGCAACUUGAUCAGGACGAAAUCAACAAGAUUCGUGGAAACGAAGGUUUAGCUGCUCAGUUUGGGAUUUAUUUCGAUGAUUCCAAGUAUGACUAUAUGCAGCAUUUAAAGCCAAUUGGCGAUGACCAUGAAGGUGUGUUCAUAUCAAAGGACAGCAGCAAGCAAGAGAGAGAAAAACCCAAAAAUAAGGAUAUUGGGGGUCUCUUUGGCGACCAGGUACCCUCUGAAAAGAAAAGAAACGUUGCCUUUGACGAAGGGCAGAACAUCCCUGCUGAGUUAAAGGGAUUUAACCCCGACAUGGAUCCCAGGUUGAGGGAAGUGUUGGAAGCCUUGGAAGACGAAGAGUACCUUGAAAGAAGGAAGGGUGAAGCUGACCGUGAAAUUGAAGGAUAUGAAGACGAUGACGAUGAUUUAUUUGCAGAUUUAUUGGGGUCAGGUGAAGUGGAGAACGAAGACGAUUUCUACUACGGUUCAGAUGCUGACCAGUACUACGAUGACGACUAUGAUGAAGAGUAUGACGAAUGGGAUCUUGACAACUACAAAGACGAGUAUGAUGCUAAGUAUAAUUCAGACAACCAAGAAGAAGAGAAGCAGGUACCGGUGGAAAGAGAUGUAGGACUUUUAUACAAUGCAGGAGAAGCUCCAGAGGAAGCUGAGGGGGAUGCAGCCCCAGUAUCGUUCAUCAGUAGCAACUGGGAGCAGGAUUUCCAUAAAUUUAAGGCUGAAAACAAAAAGAAAGAGAACGACUGGGACUCGGAUAACGAUUUCGACGAUGAAGAAGAAGAGGACCAAUUUGAUGUAGUAGGAGAUCUUCCAUCCAUAGCGCAAUCCCUGAAGAAGGGGAAAUCUAAGAACAAGCUUAGAAAGAAGAAGGGCGCAAUGUCAGACACUUCGGAGUUUUCCAUGUCGUCGUCAGCUCUUUUCCGCACAGAUGGGUUGACGCUCUUGGAUGACAGGUACGAGCAGCUUGCUAAGAAGUUUGAAGAUGAAGAUGAAGAGGAAGAGGAGUAUCAAGAGUUUGAUAUGGCACUGGAAAGGCAAGACUUGGAGGGCAUGUUGGACGAUUUUUUGGACAACUAUGAAAUGGAAAAGGGAGGAAGAAAAUUGGUGAAGAAGAACGAGACUAGGCACAGAAUUCAAGAGGCUGCAGACUCCGUGUCGAAGGGAAAGGUUGCUGCUAAGAGAAAGAAGGAGAAGGAGAUGAAAGGUUUGGGAAGUUCGUUCGGCGGUUUGACUUUAUAG